UGUGUACAAUAGCUCGUUUUCGUUUUUCUUGUGCGCUUAUUCUCGGCUCUCAGCGGAUACCCACACGCCCUCCACCCUCAAGCUUGUAAUCCGCCCACUUCCAUCUCUGUUGCAUCGGAGCUCCACUGCAGUGUCCUCCCAUCAUCCUCCCCGGGUUUAUGUGCACCAGCUUGGCCCAGCGCACUUCCCAUAUCCCACCAUCUAAACUUUCAUUUUCCAAGCCACCGCACCUCUCGUUCCCUUUUCUCUCUCGCACGCAGCCACAAGGGGACAUUUUCAAGCAAGAAUGGCAGGCAAGGCUGUCAAAUCUGUGGCGAAGGCCAUCGGUGAGUAUCAGUAUCCAUGGCAGGAGAAGUUGGUGAAAUACAAGAAUGAGCUAUCCAAAGGUGUUUGGGGUUACUGGGAAUUAGGGGCAUGGAAGCCACUUGGCAUAAGUGCACGCCGUCGUGCCAGACUUCGGAAGGAAGUACUUCUUGCAGGGCAGGAUUGGGCAUAUGAUCCAGAGAGGAAAGAGAUGAGAACCAAGAGGAAAGGCCAUAAAUGUGAUCGUAUAGCUGCAGAAAAACGUGAAAACACUGCCAGGCUGAUGGAGAAAAUGCCAGACAUGUUGCUUCAAUACAAGAAGCGCAGGUGGGAGAAGAAGAUGAAGGAAGAAGAGAAGAAAAAGCAGCAAUGAACUGAUAUGGUUUUGUUACUUUGUCCUGACAACCAUAUGGUUGGUUUCUUGUUAGUCAGUUUCUCAUCCAUGGGGAUAUUGCUUUUGCUAUCUAAACUUGGAUUGGGCAUCAGUUUAUGACUUUGUAGUGUAAUCUUUGAUUUCAUAUUUUUGGCUAUCCUUUACAUCAUAGUGAUAUGAAGCAAAUUAAUGUUUGUAUUGAAUAAGAUAACAAAAUGAAGAAGGAUUAGCGCAUUACCGAUGGCA